GUAACUCCAUUAUCGCCCACAAAACAAAACGUUGGUUUUUGAAAAUAUUGUACAUUUUCACCGAUUUCAACAUGGAAGUGGGAUCUGAUGGUAAAACAAAAAUGCCUAAAGUCGCAAAGGUGAAGAACAAAAUGCCGGCCCCAGUGCAAAUCACUGCAGAGCAGCUGCUUCGUGAGGCUAAAGAACGUCAGCUUGAGAUGGUCCCUCCACCUCCCAAGCAGAAGAUUUCUGAUGAAGAGGAACUACAAGCAUACAAACUAAGGAAAAGAAAGGGAUUUGAGGAUAAUAUCAGAAAGAAUAGGUCAGUGAUGACAAAUUGGAUCAAAUAUGCAGAAUGGGAAAACAGCCAGAAUGAAAUACAAAGGGCAAGAUCAGUAUGGGAAAGAGCCUUGGAUGUUGACCAUAGAUGUAUUACUCUAUGGCUGAAAUACGCUGAGAUGGAAAUGAAGAAUCGUCAAGUGAACCAUGCCAGAAACAUCUGGGAUCGCGCGGUGACUAUUCUACCUCGUGCCAACCAGUUCUGGUAUAAAUACACAUAUAUGGAGGAGAUGCUAAAAAACCCAGCAGGUGCCCGUCAGGCUUUUGAAAGAUGGAUGGAAUGGCAACCAGAUGAGCAAGCGUGGCACUCUUACAUCAACUUUGAACUUCGCUACAAGGAACUUGACAGAGCAAGAGCCAUCUAUGAACGAUUUGUUAUUAUACAUCCAGAAGUAAAAAACUGGAUCAAAUAUGCAAAGUUUGAGGAAAAACACAGUUAUAUACACAGCGCAAGGACCAUAUAUGAACGGGCGAUUGAGUACUUUGGAGAGGAUAACGCUGAUGAAAAACUUUUCAUUGCUUUUGCAAAGUUUGAGGAACUCCAGAAAGAGCAUGACAGGGCAAGAGUUAUCUACAAAUAUGCCCUGGAUAUCUUACCCAAAGACCGCUGUGAGAACAUUUAUCACCAUUACACAAUACAUGAGAAGAAGUUUGGUGAGAAAGCUGGCAUAGAGGAUGUCAUUAUGAGCAAGAGGCGCUUUCAGUAUGAAGAGGAAGUGAAAGCUAAUCCAAUGAAUUAUGACGCUUGGUUUGAUUAUCUCCGUCUUGUUGAAAAUGAUGGCAAUCCAGAGACUGUCAGAGACACCUAUGAGAGAGCAAUAGCGAAUGUUCCACCUUCACAGGUGAAGCGUCAUUGGAGACGAUAUAUCUACCUCUGGAUCAACUAUGCCGUAUAUGAAGAACUGGAGACAAAGGAUGCAGAUAGAACCAGACAAGUCUACCAAGCUUGCCUUGAGCUUAUUCCACAUAAAAAAUUUACAUUCGCAAAAGUCUGGCUACUUUACGCACAGUUUGAAAUCCGCCAGAAAGAGCUGCAAAAGGCCAGACGAGUUUUGGGAACAGCGAUUGGCAAAUGUCCCAAAGACAAGUUGUUCCGGGGUUACAUCGACCUGGAGAUCCAGCUGAGAGAGUUUGAAAGAUGUAGGAUUCUUUAUGAGAAAUUCCUUGAACAUUCACCAGAGAAUUGCACCACGUGGAUGAAGUAUGCUGAGCUAGAGGGUAUCUUAGGAGACAUUGAGAGGUCAAGGGCAGUAUUUGAGUUAGCCACCUCACAGCCACGCCUAGACAUGCCUGAAGUACUCUGGAAGGCAUACAUAGACUUUGAAAUAGAGCAAGAGGAAUGGGAAAACACCCGCAUGUUAUAUAGACGCCUCUUGGAGCGUACACAGCAUGUUAAGGUCUGGUUAAGUUUCUGCCAGUUUGAGCUGUCGAUACAAGAGCCAACCAAUAUAGAGAAUACUCGCUCUGUGUAUAACGAGGCCAAUAGAUCUAUGAGGAACAAUGAAAAAGAAGAGAGACUCAUGCUACUCGAGGCCUGGAAGGAGUUUGAGUAUGAACAUGGGGAUGAAGGAUCUCAGGAACAAGUUGAUAAACAAAUGCCAAAAAAGGUCAAGAAAAGGCGAAAAGUACAAACGGAAGAUGGGGUUGACGCUGGCUGGGAGGAGUAUUACGACUACAUAUUUCCCGAUGAGGAGUCUGCACAACCAAGUCUUAAACUACUGGCCAUGGCAAAACAAUGGAAACAACAGACUGGAGAUACGGACAAUCAGGGACAGUCAGAUGAGGAAGGAUCUGAAUCUGAAUCAGAAUCUAGUGGGUCCUCAUCAUCAUCAUCAUCUGAUGCUGAGGAGUCAUGACCCUCUUUGACGCUAUAUAUGAUGAGGUCAAAGCAUUGAAUUUUGCUCUGCAGAAAUGUUUUUGUCUUAUUGUAAAAAAUGAUGGAUCAACAACGCCCGACGAUUCAUAUUGCACAAUCAAUUCUAGGAAUACUUAAGAAUAAUGAAUCAGAAAAAACGGAGGUUUCUGAUCAAUUUUCGAUUUCAAAAUAAUGUGCAUCAAGUGCAUAAAUUCAUGUCAACUAGAAAAAUGUUUUAUGGUCAAACUGAGGAGAAACAAAUUCCCUUUUUUCUUGGCCUAAUAUUAGGUUUGUCAUCAAGGAUAUUAAAUCUUGUCGAGUCCUGACAACUGAAUUGUUUAAUUUCCUGAAUAUUUUUGGACAGAGUCAUCGUGGGUGUGUUAAAUUAAUAGUUAUGGAUAUGAUUGGUAACAGAGGAUGCUACCCAGGGUGCAUAAGUGGCAAUGGUGACAUUUACACGGUGAUUUUAACGUGACUAACCAGCGAUGAAUAACUUGACGUGGUGAAAUGACAUCUAUCAUGGGGAUGUAUAUCAUAUAUUUUCAUAUUAAAUGUGAAAUAAACAUGUUUUAUAUUUCGUAA